CUCAGGGGGGGAAGUGGGCUUACUAUGAGAUGCUGCCAGAGUACAGUGUGGAUAUUGAUGUGGAUAUCGACUGGCCCGUGGCAGAACAGAGAGUACUGAGGUUUGGUUACUUUGGCCUGGACAAGCCUGAGGUGGUGCGUCUGCUGCUGUGUAACGUCUCCGGCUGUCUGACUGACGGCCGCGUCCUCAUCUCUGUCUCUGGAGAGGAGAUGGUCUCAGUCAACACCAGAGAUACUAUGGGUAUCCGCAUGCUGCAGAGAGAGGGGGUGGAGGUACAGAUACAGAACAUGUAGAACACCCACACUGCAGAGAGAGG